AUGUCGGCCGGGCAAGCCAUCAGCUGGUGCCAAGACAGAAGGGUGUGGAACCACCCCGACCAAACCGACGGCGCGUCGGGGCCAGCGCUCUCAAAUGCGCCCCAAACAGUCCUGCCAUUCUCCACGCUGACCGCCGCCCAGCAGCCAGAGCUGGCAGAAGCCGACGUGGCCGACGUGCAGCCGAUGCAGAUCGACCCGCCGGGCUCCGGACGCAACCUCGCCGUCGCCCCCUGCUCCCCCGCCGCUCCCGUCCACCACGCCGCCGUUGCAUUCGAUCAGCCGGUGCAGCAACAACCGGCUCGGGGGUCUGUUGCAACACAUAUGGAGAGCUUCCUGCGUGACCUCGGGGAGGCGCGCGACGCCUGCAACAAGCUGCCUUUUGACGAUGCGCUGCGCUACAAGAUAGCUACCGAACUGGAUCGCAUCGAGGCUGCUCCGCCUCUCGAGCGCAUGUUGGUGACGAAGCCGCUGAUCGAGGGGUGGAGGAAAUUGGUCAGUCGGCAGAAGGAUCCGUCCAUCAAGACGCGUCGUCAGGCUGCGCUCACCGCCAUGCUGCGCGUCGGCGUGCUCCCGAACGUCUCAUAG